GUCUCUUUGAUAUUGGAUGCAUUGGCGAAUGUCUUGGUUUGACAGUACUUGACGUGUCAGCAAACAGCAUUUCAAGUGUUCGACCUUUGGCACCGCUAAAACAGCUACAGAUCUUGAAGAUGUCCCGGAACAGAAUUUCAGAUCUUAGUGGCCUAGAAGAGCUGGAGUCUUUGUUUACACUCGAUUUGUGCUCGAACUUCAUCAGCAGUGUAGAUUCUUUGUGGCCUCUAACAAAACUGGAAAAAUUUGCACACUUGAGGUUGAGUGACGCCAUUGAAGGACUUUCGAACCCAGUUUGUCAAAACAAUGAGAGUUACAAGCAACAGAUCAUGGACUUGCUUCCUGACCUGAAGACAUUAAACGGGCAAAUUCUUUCUGGGAAAGGAAGCGAAUUCCAAGACCUUUGCGAACAGCUAGAUGAAACAUUUAAAGGUAUUGAAAGUAGCACGCGCCAACGGGCUGUUGUCUCCCUUGUGAAUGAACCUUACCCAUCAACCAAGUCUUUAAGCUCGCACGGAGAACCAGAUGAGCGAAUUAACAGCCAUGAAAAGAAAUUUGAAGAGUCACUGCGACAGUGUGAGUUGGCCAAUGCCAAAGCUGAAAUGGCUGCAAAAAGAGCAGAGGAAUCAUUGUCGAUGUGAGAAGCAAACUUAACGAUGUUUGGGAAGGAAACGUAUUGUUGUUUUGGAAACAAACUUA